GUGUGAACAGGUAAAGGUGUGCGUCAGUGCGUUCUCAUCUACUAUCUACUCAUUAUCGGAUCCCUCAAAACAUUUUGCAACACACACAGCUGUUGUGGACUUAACGCGAAAUACUAGACUGCAUAAUGCUGAAGAAAACGCAAGGCUCGGCCGACGUGGACGCGUCGCGCAUUCUUGUGAAGGGGCCCGAGUUUUUGAGGAGACAGAUGGAGCGAGAAAGUGAGGCGAAUAAGGGACGCGUCAGUGCGGUGGAGAGGUUGGCAGCCACUAAACCUCAAUAUGUAAAAAGCCAACAAGUGGUCGGUUCCACUCAGGAACCGGUUAUCAGCAUCGGGUCUCUUUCCGUGAGCAGCCAAGGCUCUUCAAACGGGCACGGUUCUGUUAAUAACACCGCUAAUGUUGAUGUUGAGGAUACACAGUCGCCUGAAGAAGAUAGUAAUGUGGUGAGACGGAGCAGCUCGAAGAAACGAGACUCGAUUUUAUUAUACAGACAAAAGUGUGAACUCUUAAGAGGAUCGCCUGGAGGGAGUAGGAGAUGGAUUAAAAAGUCGCUAUUCGCUAUUAAAGACAAGACAAACGCGAUUUCUGAGGCGCGCGGUGGUGAAUGCGCCACAUGGAAAGCCACUCGGGUAACUUUACCCAUCUCAGACGGGCACUCGGGUGAGACAAACAGUGAGCCGAAAGGACCUCCUCACAGGAGAGUCGCUGAAACCCAGGAGCAGGAGCGCAGGAGCCGCAGAGGGGUGGCGCGCUCCAGCUCUGACAUCAGCUCGCGCUACUCCAAAAACUUCGCGGACUUCGACGCGUUCUUCAAAUACUGCGGACUCGAGGGUGACGUCAUCGAGUCCCUGGGCAGAGAGAACUUCUCCGCGCGCUCAGACGACCUCAGCUCCAAAAUCCGGAGCAUCAGUGCCUCGACUUCAGACGACGGGCUCUCGGGGAGCAGCGACGGCCUGCAGGAGGAGGAACUGCAGGAGACCGUGCGUCAGGGGUCGUCGGUGGUCGAGCGCAACGCUCGGAUCAUCAAGUGGCUUUACAGUUGCAGAAAUGCAGCGGAGUCGGGAAAGACUCUUCGAGAUCUGGAUUAAUUUGGGUCAUAUUAAAAGUGCUGGUUUUGCCGGUUUUGCCAGUAUCACGCAUAAUAUGACCUCGGUGCUUUAUAUGAGACAGCACACAAUGUCUGUUAAAGAUCUACAAACAUCUGACAGACAUCUGUAAGAUGUCAGUUUUACAUACAUUGUAAAUCAUAAACAUCUUAAAGACAUCUAAUAAACGUCUAUUUGGCAUCUGAUAGACAUCAUAUUGCAGAUGAGCAAGCACUCUAAAAAAUAUAUCUUGCAGAUGUCAAGUAGUCUCUGUGAUGUUAGUGUGCUGUGAUCCCGUGACUCUGUGCACAUCUUGGUAUUUAGCCAAUCAGAGACAUCUCUGCCUGACUGAGUUGGCGGACAUGUUAAUUUCCUUCAAAUUCAUCUUACUGGCUAAUUCACCAAUUUCUUAUGAGGUUUUAGAAUGGUGGUUUAAGAUUUGUGUGUAUGUCUGUGGUUAAUAUUUUGCUGUACAACAUAAAUUACAUACAUUUAUACACUGUAAAAAAAAAAAAGUUGAGCCAACUUAAAAUUUUAUGGCAACAAACUUCAGCAGAUUUUUUAGUUUUCUCAACUUGUUUUAAGUUUAUACAACAAAAAAUUGAGAAUCUCCCACAAAAACAAGUUGAGCAAACUCAAAAAUCUGCUGAAGCUGGUAAAAAAUGUUUUUUUAAGUUCGCUCAACUUUUUUUUUUUUUUACAGUGUACCUCACACCUGAAAGCAUCUGUAACAAAUUGCUUUUUAGGGACAACAACAGUUUCGUCAAGCACAUACACGUCCUUGUGGUAGUUUUAGUCUUUAUUUAGCAGCUUGUUAGUGUGUAAUUUAUGUUGACAUUAAUAUUUCUUCAGGGAAUGCUAAGUACAGACCGUAUUUUACUCCUGAAUCCAAAACCGCCAUUCUAAAAACCCAUAGGAAAUUCCAAAGAGAACACAUGGUUGAAAAAUGACUAAUUAUCUUGCUGGUUUUAGGACCUCAAACUGCUGUAUUGGUUUAGCUGUUUUGGUUAAGCCUUUUGUACAUGCCAGUACUUGAUCCUGGUUACAUAUUCCACUAUAUCUACCUAGAUAUCAUGUUACUUGAUUUUGUAAUAUAUUAAAAGUUAGAUUUUUUUGGGAAAAGAAUUUCUAUUGCAUUUUAUUUUGGUAGUGUUAUGUGAAAACCACCUAUGGAUACAGUAUAGUUUACAGAGACAAAUGACGUUCAAGCCAAACAGGCCAUCAAGACUGCCAGCUAUGGAAUGCAGAGGUAGCACCUGGCCCUGAGAUAUGGAAAGAUAUGGCUUCAAACAAGCACUUCUGUCCAUUGUUGUGCAACAGCGGAAGCGGUGAACAAAAAGCAAGUACAUUCACACCCAAUGUGGGUGUAUUUAAUUUGUGCCACUGUCACUUUAGUUCAAAGAUUAGGUGUUUGUUUAUUCAGACUGACUGCUGACUGUCUAGUCAUAUCUUCCCUGACUCAAUAUGCCUUGCAAAUAUGAAAUGGUAUUUUAAGUAACUUGAUAAAGUGUGUGCAUUGUUGAGUCAAACAACCUGAUAUGCUAUGCAAAAAUGUUAUAUGAUCAUAUGUAUCAGUCAAUAAAAUGUUUUCUUACCUUUC